UCAACUUGCAACUUGGGGGCCAGAGCCCGUAUUGUUUGUUUUCUGUGAUGGGUUUCCCUCUCUGGUAAGUGAUCUCCCUCUAGCCUGCUAACAUUUAGAAGCACUUAGUUGCUAUGCGUAUGCCUUCGCCAUGAGUCUCUGCAUCUCCAGGAAGCCACAUGGAACCUGAAAUAUGGUAUGUGAAGCAAGACAAGCAUGGUGUGGAUCUCUACAGUAUAGAAGCUUCUAAACUGUAUGGCCCACAAAAAGGCAUGUGUGAGAUUGUGAGCUCUGAAUAAAUCAGGCAAAUCUUAGUGGAGGUCUCGGUGAUUACGGCAGUGCUAAAAAUUCAGUUAAGGGUGGGAAUCUACCAGCCUAGGGACUGAUCAUUGCCUGUUUGACCCGCAAGACUGUUUUUCAAAACGACACCUUGCCUGUAAAUUAGGUGAUGUCAGUUGAUGGGUGGAGGUUCAAUCCUGCUUGGUUACUCCUCCCACCCUUGCGCGAUCUCUCCUGAUCAACAAAUGUGUGGUCCUGUUCACCUGUCAGUGUUGGCCUGCAGAGGUUGGAAGAGAUGAGGAUAUGGCCUAUACUGUGCGAAAACGAUUCUCCGUCCCUGUGUUAAACCAAAUGAAUCCUGUGUACCACGUUAAUUUAAAAUCAUCUACUUAAUGGCUUUUAAAAGUCAAAGAGCAGAGAGGAAAAGGAGAAGAGCAGAGAGCCUUGGGUUAAGGCAGGAAAUUAAUGUGGGAUUUUAAAUAUUUUUCCAAAGAAGAAUUUGUCUUUGUAAUAAAUGUAGCAGAAUCUACAGAACGAUAAUUUUUAUUUUUGAGUCCCAAUGUUAAAUAAAGAUUUCCACCUGCUAUAACAAUGAUGUGAACCCCUCUGCUCCCCUAAUCCUAGGCUCUUCUCCUCUUUCCCUUCCCUUCUUCCUUUGCUAUAACUGGUUAGUUUAUCCUAAUAAUAGUUUGGCCCAACUAUAAUAGAUUUUUUUAUUAUUAUUCUGGAUAGGGUGAGAGGAACCCACGAUACAGUGUGUGUGUGUGUGUGUGUGUGUGUGUGUGUGUGUGUGUGUAAUUGAAAAAAGAACUAAAGUGCAGUUAUUUUGAAAAGCUGUCUUUGUCUCUCCAGGUAUUACUCUAAAAAAACAGAAGCUUCAGAUGUGCCUUUACCUUUUGAAAGUACUCCAACAGCAGCAGCACCACCACAAGCACAUACUUCCAAAUACCAUGUUGAUAAUUAUGGAGCGACAGACUUUCCCUCUAGUGAUGAUCCAGUCCCAUUUAGUUCUACCAUGAAUGAAUCUUCUCCUUCUGGAAUAACAGAUGGUUUCCCUCAAGGUAGCGUUUGUCUUGAGCUCUAUUAAUACAGUGAGCUGUUCUCUAAUCAAAAAAAUGGAACGGAUUCAGUGUUUUUCAGACUUAUAGAUGUGGACAUUCCAGUUCUUUUUAAAGGCUGGAGCCUCAUGUUACACUGGCAAUCGUGUUUCCUGAAAACAUACCUGCCAUUGAGAAUACUGGUCAUUUGGGGGAGAGAGCAGAUUUCAUAGAACUGUAGAGUUGGAAAGGACCCUGAGGAUCUGGUAGCCUCUGCAAUGCAGGAAUCAAACUUUACCCAUUUAAAUUUUGAGAAUAGAUUAAGACUGUUUUGGCCCCAAGAUCUCUAAUUUGUCCCUUUAGCAGAUAAAACUGCAGAAGUGAUGAAGUGCUAGCGAUCCCGAGGGAAAACUUCAGAGGGAAUGAGCUACUAGAUGCAUUAGUUUUUUGCUCCUGUACCCGAGUCUGACAACUUGAUUUGCUACAGGCCUCCACCAGAGUUUCCUUUGGCUUCCCCAUUUUAAAUUUCCCUCCCCUCUCUAUGCAACAGCUGCUUUGCAAAGCAGGAGAGCACCUUUUGUAGAUAACCUGUUGCCAGGCAGAGUUGGAAAAAGGGUGCUCUUUGGAAAAAAUGUGCCGGAACAAGCCGCUUGGCCUUGUGAGCACUUUCAGUUUCGAUCCACGUUUUUAACACACAGCUCUGUAGCUUUUGGGUGGGGCAGACACACAUACAGUGGUUGGGUAUAGAUUAUAUACAGUGGUACCUUGGGUUACAUACGCUUCAGGUUACAGACUCCGCUAACCCAGAAAUAGUACCUUGGGUUAAGAACUUUGCUUCAGGAUGAGAACAGAAAUCGUGCAGCGGCGGCACAGCGGCAGCAGGAGGGCCCCAUUAGCUAAAGCGGCGCUUCAGGUUAAGAACAGUUUCAGGUUAAGAACGGACCUCCGGAACGAAUUAAGUACUUAACCCGAGGUAACACUGUAUUUGCAUGUAAUGCUAAGCCAUAGUUGAUGUAAGUUCAAGCUUAUAAACCGACAAUAACAAAGAAGAGUACAGCAAUAGGCACUUCAUCUAAUUCACGGCUCCUCUAACACAGUGCUAGUAGGAUGACUUUUGACAAUCUGAAUGUGCACAAAACAUUAUGGUAUGUAAAGUGCAUCUAAAACUCUAAAACUGACUAUUCCACAGUUAAAUGUCAGGAGGACUGCUUCAAACAAAAGCAUUCCCUUAAAAUAGACAUUUCCAUCUACAUGUAUUGUUUGUUAUCCAUUGAUUUUCCCUCUUUUCCCUUUAAGAACCUGCUUUGUUUCUGGAAGAACGUCCAAAAAGAAAAGGAAUCACGUAUGAUGAAUUAAGGAGUCGCAAUAGAGAGAUGUAUGAGGCAGGAAUAACACAGAAGUCAGAAUUUCCAUCGAAGUCUUCACAGGAAAAAACAAUAAAGAGAGAUGGUAAAUUGUUAAAUAACUUAAAUAUUUGAUGUUUAAUCUUGCCUUUCCAUUAGGGACUUCCAAUAUUCUAAGAAGUAGUAAACAAGAAGCAGUGUUCUUUUUAUUUUCAUGUCCAUCAUUUUUCUUUGAUGGGUGGUCAGUUUUCAAGUAAGUUGACAGGUUUUUGCCCAUGUAUUUUUAUUUGAAAUCUCUGUAGCAUAUAAUUACUGCAACUCUCCAGUUUGUUUGUUGAAUCAGUAGCCAAGGAAAAUUUCAUUUCUUCUAUUAGAGAAAACUAGCUGAGCAUCAGCCUAGGGAACCUUUCUGUUGAAAGGAAUGAGCCUACAGGUCUUUCUGAUCUGUGGGCCCUUAAGAAGUCAGAAUAACAUCUAGAUCAAAUGUUUGAACAUAGCCAGGUUUUUUGGAAAGGCUUCUCAGGAUUAUUUUUUAAAAAACUAAUUUAAGCAUGCAGAGUAUAACUCUGAAGGAUAUGCCAUUGUUUUUUCUGUUUACUAUUCAACUGGAAGGAAGCUGCACUUGGCACCAACCUCCAGACUGUGUUUUUUGGAUAAAAAACAAUACUGUAUAGGCCAGGGCAAGCUAUGAAAUGGAAGUGAAAUUACCUUUCCUUUAGAAGAAAAUGCAUUAUGCAAGAACAAGAGUUUAUUCUCUCUUUCAGUGUACUUUGCUAGGUCAGUUUCUGAACAUCCAGGCAUUGUAUUUUCACGCAGGAAAAUAAUAAUAUGAAACAAUGCGUAAAUUCAAAAGAAGUCACAAUUGUUAAUGUUACGGAAGGUGGAAUUUUUAGUCUGAUAUGGUGGAAGGAAGUUGACUAGUGAAUUGACUGGGAUUGAUAAAACACUACCCCUUUCCCAGCUGCCUUAGCUUGUGUGGUCACCUUGACAGUGACAGUAGUCUUGUGUUGGCUUAGCUCAACCAUGUAAAUAAAUGUUCUGACAGAAGUACAUCUGCAUCCUGUGAUAUACAGAUAGCAACAUGUCAGGGAACUGCCAUCGGUAGGAAGGGAGGUGAAAGGACUCAGACAGGUUGGAAGAGACUUAGCAGCUGAAGAGGAAACCAGCAGGGGGAGAGAAGCUGAACUGAGGGAGGUGAAAGGGCUCAGACAGGUUGGAAGAGACUUAGCAGCUGAAGAGGAAACCAGCAGGGGAGAGAAGCUGAACUGAGGGAAAGGGAGCUGGGGGAUGGCUCAGAGAUACUUCCAGCGAAAACAGUGGUGAGGUUUCCGGACCUCCUGUAGCGACACCCACUCCUCGCCGGAAACUGUCACGCAGAGAGUCCAGAAGACGUGUUUCCGUUAAGGAGCUUUUAUGUUGGAAGCGAUUACGAAAGCAACCACUGUCGGAAUCUUCUAGUGACUAAGAGGAGCCAUGUCAGAGGGGCUCAGUCACAGACAGAGGUUUGUGGACUUGAACAAACUCUGAGGGAAUACGAUUUUACGCACAAGCAGCUCAUAAUCCCAUCACAGCAUUCCGACAGUCUUUGAACGCAGCUUGUGCAGGAGAAGGCAUAAUGAGCAACCCAGCAGGAACCGGAGAAGCAGGGGCUGGAGCGGGUCCAAGCCUGGAAGAAAGGUACCGAGUGUUGGAGGUCCAGCUGGCGCUGCAGACGGCGAGGCUGGAGGAGAGGAGGGCUCAAGAUGCAGACAAAAGGGAGAAAGCCACCCAGCUCGCCAGAAAGGUACCAGGAUGGGUGCAAAAAUUUGGGGGGGAGCCCAAAGACUAUCAUAGCUUUUGGACAGAAAUGCAAUAUGCCCUCAAUCUGCAGUUUGAUGAUUUCCCUGAUGAGGAAUCACGAGUGGCUUUUGUGAUUGGGCAUCUUGAAAAGGGGGCGAGAGACUGGGUUAGACCCCUGAUGGCAGCUAAUAGUGACGUCUUAAAGGACACGAUGAAGUUCUUUCGCGCCAUGGAUCUGAUGUUUUCCAGCGAUAUUGAAAAGGGAGUGGUGCGCAGACAGUUAAUGGCUUGCAAACAGGGAGCCGAUCUGUACGUGAGUACUGGACUGAGUUCACCAUGCUGAUACACAGAUUGGGGUGGGACUUAUCGGCGGAACCCAUUCAAAUGCUCUUUGAAGAAGGGCUUUCUUCGGCUGUGAAAGAUGAACUUUCCCGGGCGCCCAGGGCGGAGUCUAUGGACCAGCUGACCAAAUCAGCGCUGGCCAUAGGAGCGCGCCAGGAGGCGAGAGCAUUGGAGAGGCGGGAAGGGAAAGGGGAACGUUGGAAGGAGUUCCGCAUUCCAGAAAUUCCAGAGCCAACUGUCCCGCCGGCAGAGCCGAUGGAAAUCGGAACAGCGCGCGCGCGCGCAGUUUCAAAGCCCAGUGAGGGGGGAAGAAGGAUGGAAAAGGCGCCCGGAAAUGCUAUCUCUGCCAACAGCCAGGGCACUUUGCCAGAGUCUGCCCCCAGAGGAAGGAAUGGCAAGGGAUGGUGGGAGCUGUGGAGGGAAGAGAGGAAAAAUACCGGAGCAACUAAAAGCCAACGCCUGGCUGCCAUUGUCGGGGCACAGCAGCCAGGCCAAAGAGCAGUGAAAGUGCCCACUCCAGAACCUCCUAAACCCGCCCUAGUGAUAGAAGUGACACUAGAGCUCCCAAACGGACACCCUCUAAAGAUAAAGGCGCUGUUGGACUCAGGCAGCUCCUGCAAUUUCAUGAGCAAAGAGUUUGCAGCUGAACACCAGAUACAGACGCUCCUUUAAGCAACCCCUGCAGGUAACCACGAUCGAUGGCAGGGAGCUGUUGGGAGGAGAAGUCAGCUUGCAGACCGUCCCAAUGAUAAUGAAGGUGGCAAGGCACACUGAACUGAUAGCUUUUAAUGUGGCCACCUUGGGAGGAGCUCCCAUUAUAUUGGGGAUGAGCUGGCUAGCGUUACAUGAUCCGCUGGUGGGCUGGCAUCAGAGAGUGGUUUCUUUUGGGUCAGCACAUUGCUUAGAACAUUGCAAAGAGGGAAAGGUUUUGGCAGGGGCCCAAGCCACCCUAGCAGGGACUGAAGUGAAGGAGAACGUGAAGGUACCACGACAAUACGCAGAUCUCCGCGACGUCUUCAGCGAAAGGGAAGCUGACCAACUACCACCGCAUAGAGCCUUUGACUGUCAAAUCAAUUUGCUCCCUGGGGCACAGCUCCCUGUGGGCAAGCUGUACGCCAUGUCAGACAGAGAGAUGCAGGAGCUAAGAGAGUUCAUUGACAAGAACCUGAAGAGAGGGUUCAUCAGAGAGUCCAGGGCGGUGGGGGCAGCCCAGUGUUUUUGUGGACAAAAAACACGAACAAGCCGAGACUGGUGUGUGACUUCAGGGCCUUAAAUGCAGUGUCAGAACCAGUGGCCUUCCCGAUGCCCAGGAUUGACGACAUUUUGACAAGGGUGCGAAAGGGAAAGAUUUUCACCAAGCUGGAUCUAGGGGGGCGUACAACCUGAUACGAAUAAGGAAGGGGGAUGAAUGGAAAACCACCAUGUUCACCCCUUUAGGGGCAUUUGAAUACUUAGUUAUGCCCUUCGGUCUACAAGCAGGCUCCGCAACAUUUCAAUCGUUUAUGAACCACGUCCUGGGGCCGUUGCUUUACAAGAAUUGUGUGGCCUUCUUAGACGACGUGUUGGUGUAUUCUGAGAAUGAGGAGCAGCAUGUGAGAGACGUCAGAGAAGUGUUGAGCAGGCUGCAAGCCAACCAGCUGUGGGUGAAACUGGAGAAGUGUCAGUUUCAUACCAAGGAGGUGGAAUUCCUGGGGUAUCGCCUGUCUGACAAGGGGUUGGCCAUGGAUCCCGGCAAGGUCCAGGCGGUACUGGAAUGGAAAACACCCAAAACAAGGAAGGAUGUGCAGAGGUUUUUAGGGUUUGGGAACUUCUAUCGUAAGUUCAUCCCAAACUUUGCCCACCUGACGGCGCCCAUUACGGACUGUCUCAGCAGUAAGAAGAAGUUCGUUUGGACGGAGGAGGCGGAGCAAGCAUUUGAGGAACUAAAAGGGCCUUCGCCUCGGAACAACAGCUCCUGCAUGUGGAUUUACAAAAACCGAUGAGAGUGGAAACUGAUGCAUCAGACAGAGCGGUUGGGGCGGUGCUUCUCCAGCCAGGGAAGGAGGAGUCAGAGUGGAGACCGUGUGCUUUUUUCGCGAAAGCUGAACAAAUCCGAGAGGAACUACACGGUGUAUGACCGAGAACUACUAGCCAUUCAUGAGGCGUUCCGGAGAUGGAGGCACCUGCUAAUUGGCGCACAACAUAAGGUGCAAGUGUGCACUGACCACAAGAACCUAGAGUAUUGGAGGACGGCACGAGUGCUCAACCAACGGCAAGUGAGAUGGGCUCAGGAAUUCUCCAAAUUUAACUUUGAGAUUUGUUACGUGCCAGGCCCAGAGAAUAUUAGGCGGACGCUCUCUCACGCAAACCUGAAUAUUUGGAGGGGAGGGAGCACCCGAAGAGAGACAUGUCAUUCCAGAGGACCGCUGGGUGUGUGGGGCGGCAUUGGUGGGACAAAGAGAACUGGUAGAAGAAACAGAGAAUGAUGAAUACGCCCAGAAUAAGCUUAGAGGUCUUAGGGAUGAGGGAGAGGAAUCAAGGGGUUUCGAGGAAAGAAAUGGAGCUUUGUAUUACAAAGGGGCACUGUAUAUCCCUGAAGGAGACUUAAGGGGAGGGUACUCAAGCAGUUGCAUGACAGCCCCACGGCGGGGCAUUUUGGGCAACACAAGACCAUGUGGUUGGUCACCAGGGAAUUUUGGUGGCCUAAGGUGAGGGAGGAUGUACGUGAGUAUGUAAGAGGGUGCGAGCAGUGCCAGCGAGCCAAAGGGGAAAGGCGGGCGCCGGCGGGGCUAUUAGAACCCUUACCAACACCAGAACGACCUUGGGAGGCAGUGUCGAUAGAUUUUAUGACUGAUCUGCCGAAGUCCAAAGGGAAAACAGCCAUCAUGGUGGUGGUAGACCUACUAACAAAGAUGUGCCACUUUGUAGCUUGCUCGCAUGCAGUCACGGCGGAAGAGACAGCAAAGUUAUUUGUAGAACACAUUUUUAGGUUGCACGGGGUGCCAUUGAGGGUGGUCUCAGACCGAGGAAAACAAUUUACUUCCAGGUUCUGGAGGAAGCUCAUGAGCUUACUGCAGGUGGAGGUCAACUUUUCGACUGCCCGGCACCCUGAAACCAACGGGCAGGCGGAAAGAGCAAACGGUGUCCUCCAGCAAUACCUGAGGUGUUAUGUCAAUGACAGAGAGAAUGACUGGGUAGAAAAGUUGGCGCUGGCGGAAUUUGCCUACAACAAUGCCGAGAAUGUGUCCACAGGGAUGAGCCCCUUCUUGGCUAAUUAUGGGUGUCAUCCCAGGGCUUUCCCAGGGGGAGAAGGGGAGAGAUGGAGCGCACCGGCAGCCGAGCAUUUUGUAGAAGAAAUGGAAGCAAUCCACCGUCAGCUCCAACUCAACUUAGAAAGGGCGAAGGAAGAAUACAAGAGGCAGGCAGACAAGAACCGAAGGGAAGGUGAAACCAUAAGGGUUGGAGAGAGGGUGUGGCUGUCAACCCGAGGGCUGCCGCUCAAAGGAGGUUGUAAGAAAUUAAGACCCAGGAGGUUGGGUCCCUUUGAGGUCAUUCAACAGGUCAACCCAGUGGCUUUCAGGCUCCGGUUACCCAACCACAUGAAACUGCACCCAGUAUUUCACAGGUCGUUACUGUCACCGUACGAGGGGGGACGAGAAGGGAUGGCCACUGGGACCGGUCAUAGAAGAAAGAGAAUGCAGCAGUCAUGUGGCAGAAAUCCUUGAUGCCAGGUGGAAGGGGAAUCAGGUGGAGUAUUUGGUAGCGUGGGAAGGAGAACCGAGUCAGAAAACACGUGGGUAAUGGCCAAAGAUAUCAAUGACGAGGUAUUGAUAGAAAUGUUCCAUCAAAGGUUCCCGCGGAAACCUCAGCCUGUGGAGAGGUUCCGGAGGGAAUACUUUGGGACCACUGAGGAGGAGGAGGAGUUGGAAGGAUUCCCAGAAUCGGAAGGGGAAGGGGAGAUGGACUCGGAGGAGGAGGAGUGCUUCGAGACCAGGAACCGCAACAGGUGGAGAGAAGUGUUCGAGACAUCGGAAGAUGAAGGAAGUUCAUUCCGGGUUUUGCCUCCUCACCGCCCGUAGAGGAGGGGGCGAGAGGGGGUGAAGGGGGCCCUGGAGGGGAGGUGGAUGUCAGGGAACUGCCAUCGGUAGGAAGGGAGGUGAAAGGACUCAGACAGGUUGGAAGAGACUUAGCAGCUGAAGAGGAAACCAGCAGGGGGAGAGAAGCUGAACUGAGGGAGGUGAAAGGGCUCAGACAGGUUGGAAGAGACUUAGCAGCUGAAGAGGAAACCAGCAGGGGAGAGAAGCUGAACUGUGGGCAAGGGAGCUGGGGGAUGGCUCAGAGAUACUUCCAGCGAAAACAGUGGUGAGGUUUCCGGACCUCCUGUAGCGACACCCACUCCUCGCCGGAAACUGUCACGCAGAGAGUCCAGAAGACGUGUUUCCGUUAAGGAGCUUUUAUGUUGGAAGCGAUUACGAAAGCAACCACUGUCGGAAUCUUCUAGUGACUAAGAGGAGCCAUGUCAGAGGGGCUCAGUCACAGACAGAGGUUUGUGGACUUGAACAAACUCUGAGGGAAUACGAUUUUACGCACAAGCAGCUCAUAAUCCCAUCACACAACAGUACCAUAAUUGUGACAUAGAUGUUUUGUACUGACCAUAAUGCCUUUAAAAAAUCUGAGAAAGCCAUAGCUACAGUAACUGUCCAGAAUUGCUACUUGCACAUUUCAUCUCACAGUGGUGGCAGUGGAAAUUUGCACUGUUUUGAUCAUCUUCAAUUGGCUUGAGCCAAUUGUCAGGUCACAUGAUCUGCUGUCACAUGGUUCUGUAGUGCUCUAAACAUUUGUUAGUGCAGUAGACCUUGCUUCUCCUAAUCUUCAUUACAAUGUUUCUCUUCUCAUGGCCUCUUCUUUUAUAGUUAAAGUCAAUAAGUAUGGAGAUGCUUGGGAAGACUGA